AUGGGGGAUGUGGAUUUUUCUAAGAUAUAUUCCGCUACAUAUAGCAAUGUUCCAGUAUAUGAAUACAAGCUCGAAACCGACAGUGUUAUGCGAAGGCGAAGUGAUGAUUGGAUAAAUGCAACGCAUAUACUCAAAGCUGCCGGGUUCGAUAAGCCAGCAAGAACACGCAUUCUCGAGCGGGAGGUCCAAAAAGGAGUCCACGAAAAAGUGCAAGGUGGUUAUGGAAAAUACCAAGGAACAUGGAUUCCGCUUACCGAAGGCCGUCUGCUCGCGGAGCGCAACAACAUAAUCGACAAAUUAAGACCCAUCAUUGAAUUUGUACCAGGAGAUCGCAGCCCUCCACCAGCCCCGAAACAUUCGACCGCAUCGAAACCCAGAGCUCCGAAGGGAGCCGCGAAUGCCCGAAGAAUCGCGAACGAAGAUGUCUUCAGCGCGGUUAAGCAACACCAUCCCAUGGGGCCACCGAGCUUCCCUCAUGAGCAAUACGAGAUGAGCACUGGUUUGGAAGAGGAUGAAUCGAUCGAGCAAGCUACCCUUGAGUCCUCGUCAAUGGUGGCAGACGAAGAGAUGAUGCCAAUGUCCCAGCAUGGUGGAGCAUAUUCGCGGAAGCGGAAGCGCGGAAUGAAUGAAGUUGCUGCAAUGUCACUCAGUGAACAGGAGCACAUUCUAUAUGGAGAUCAGCUUCUUGAUUAUUUCAUGACUGUUGGAGAUGCCCCAGAAGCCACUCGGAUUCCUCCGCCGGAACCACCAGCAAAUUUCCAAGUGGACCGUCCUAUUGACGAUUCAGGGAAUACCGCAUUACAUUGGGCAUGUGCAAUGGGUGAUUUGGAAAUUGUGAGGGAUCUGCUACAUAGAGGUGCUGACGUCAAGGCGCUUUCUGUACAUGAGGAAACGCCACUGGUGCGCGCUGUCCUUUUUACGAACAACUACGAAAAGAGAACGUUCCCGGCUCUUUUGGAUCUACUCUUCGAUACGGUUUCUUUUAGAGACUGGUUUGGUGCGACAAUCUUUCACCACAUAUCCGAAACCACUAGGAGCAAAGGAAAGUGGAAGAGUUCACGGUAUUACUGCGAAAUUCUGUUGGAAAAGCUGCGCCAAACAUGCUCACAAGACGAAUUGGACCUGCUUCUAUCAUGUCAGGACUCGAACGGCGAUGUGGCAGCCUUGGUGGCAGCUCGAAAUGGGGCUUUUCGUCUGGUGAACCUACUCCUGACAUAUUGCCCUCGUGCAUCGGAUUUGGUGAACGAGAAGGGCGAAACGGCCACGAGCAUUAGCCAACGCGCACAAACUGCUGAGCGCGAUAUUCCACCAGCGCCGUCGUCAAUUACCAUGGGCAAUGAUCACAUUGACGGGGAAGUCACUGGGCCGGUUAACACUGAUGCACAGGUUGAUGCUCCACCACCAGAUCCGUCUGCUGCGACAUCUGACCUGCUCUCGAAGAUUGGAGUGAUUAUGGCAGAAGCUAGCAAAAAGCUUGCUACGAGCUACGGGAACACCAAGCCCAAUCAGCAAGACUCGGAUGACAUCGCGAAUCCUGAAACCUUGUACGAGCAACUGGAGCAGGAUCGACAGAAGAUCCAACGGCAAUCAGCAGCGCUAGCGGCCAAGGAAGCAAAACACGACUCUGUUGACGCACAACUUGGGCGGUACGAUCAACUAAAGCGCAACUACGAGUCGCUCUUGGAACAAGUUCAACAAUCACGUCUCCUGGAACGAGCGCCUACGUCGGAGGACAACAAGCCUCCAUCGACUAGGGAUCACAACGAACUCAUGACAACUUACUAUCUAUCCCGGCAGCUCUGCUCGGCACAAAAAGUGCGUCGGACCGCGGUAAAAGACCUCGCGCAACAGACGGCAGAUGCCGGAGUGAGCACCAAGUUUGACGUCCAUCGCAAGCUGGUUGCACUUGCGACCGGGUUGAAAGAAGAAGAGUUAGAUCCGAUGGCUGCUGAAUUGGCCGAGACCUUGGAAUUUGACCGUAUGGAUGGCAAGGGCUCUGGUGCGCAGUCUCCCGAACCUCAACGGCAACAGUCUUCGCAGAGUAAGGAGCCUGCAUCGCUUCCUUUCGCUGGGCCGGUGCCUGUUGAUGCUUGA